AUGAGCGGUUUGAGCGGUUUGAGAGGUUUUAUACGCACCAAAGACCCCCAACCACCCCCUCACCCCAUUGCCCUCCGACCAGAGUAUAUCGCUGAUUGCGAUACCCUGCUCUACCUCACCCCGCGAGGCAACUCGCGGUCGGACACGAACUAUACCGUCACAGAUGAGUAUGACCGCGUGAGGUUCACCGUCAGCGGCCGACGGUCGAGUGACCGCGAGUGUCGCGAAUUCCGCGAUGGCUCGGGCCUACCACUCUUUGAGCUCCAUCACAAGAUUUUCAAGAAAUACCCGUAUGUGGUCCGACUGCCAGGCUGCGAUGACGAGAACAAUCUGCUCAAGGUUUCUCCCCGACACCUUUCUGCGCUCUGCAACGUGGAAUUUCAGAAUGCCGCCCCAGCAAGGACGACGGACGUCAAGAAUCAUCAGGAAGACGAUGCCGAUAAAACGGUCAAACUGGUGGUCCAUUGCAAGAAUGCAUACGCCUUGCCCAACUAUGAGGUGAUGAUGGGCGAUAGGGUGGUGGCCGAUUUCCGGGAGAGUGUAGUGAAGAGCAAGACACUGACGACCCUGCCUUGUUCCCAUCUUGAGAGGCCAUAUAGACCCCGGCCAAUCCUCGAUCUUCGGGUGGCCGAGGGGGUGGAUUUGUCUCUGGUUGAAGACAACUAUAACGGUAUUCGAGUCAAGGACUGUAUAAAACACUGGAAUUAUCCGAGAAAAGAAUGGCAUCAUUAA